UUGCAAUAUACACCACUGCAUUGCCAAUCAUACCAAUUGACCAGCCAGAUUUGUCUGAGACCAGUAAAAGUUCUCAAAACGGUAUAUCAACUGAUCCAACAAUUGUAUCAGAAAGAGAUGCUUUUGAAAAAAGAGAACCGAUAGAUUUUACAUCUUUCAAUCCGGCAAGAGAUAAUAUCCGGUGA